AUGCAAGUUGUCUGGGAGGCGGACACGGCGGCCUUUGCAAGCCGCAAGAGAGCCGCACGGGCAUGCCAGAAAUGUCGCGCCGCGAAGAAACGCUGUCACCACACCUUUCAGCGCCCGCCGGAGCAGCAGGCAGAUUCUGACGGGCUCGAGAGAGUCCUGCCCAACUUGACGCACAAGGAACCCAUCCGCUUCGUUGGGGAUCUAAAUCCCGAGUCCAUACUGACGGACCUGUCGUCGAGGAAGCAAGGCACCCAGAGGAUCAGCAGGGUCGGCACCUGGGUUGAACAGUCUCGAGAUCUGCAAGAUGGGCUCCCCCCAGAGGACCUUGGCCCACCGCUCCCGCAGAAGUCGGGCGACAAGACGCCGCUCAAUGUCGAGAAGUAUGGCCGGGUUGAAGGCGGUCGGAGGACCCUGACUGGGCAUCAACGCAAUUACUUGCAAGCCGUGGGAGCGUUUCGAGUUCUGCCCAAGGCAACUCAAGAUGCUCUGGUCACCACCUACAUUGCGUGUUUUGACGGACUGCUACCAAUCCUGAACGGCAUCAAACUACUUCGAGACUACACUGAGGGACGGUGCUCGAUAUUCCUCAUGCAGGCCAUAUGUCUUGUAACCUGCAAGACUGAGGAAGCCGCGCCAUAUCUGCGACUUUACGACGAUGGUCCGCUUCUUGACCCGAUCCCAUUCGCCCGCAGUCUGCAUACGGGGCUGGACGCAGCUAUGAAAGCUGAUCUGGAACCUGAUAGAGUCACCAAAAUCCAGAUUCUGACCCUGAUGCAUUUACAUAAUGAUGGACCCGGAGGUAUCGAAGAAUCCUCAUUACACCUGUCCCAAGCAAUUCACGAUGCCUGGACAGCGGGUCUCCACAUCCACACGCCAGGACGAUCUCCUAAAGACCAAUCGAGCAUGCUGUGGUGGACCAUCUGGAUCUUUGACAAGAUCAAUGCCUGCCUCGGUGGGCGGCCGAUCGUGAUCGCGAAUCGAGACAUCGAUAUCGCCCGUCCGCCACUGGAAACUGGCGUUCCCAGAAGUAAUGUCAUCAAUCUAUGGCUGAGACUGGGGGAGCUUCUGGACGAAGUCAUCGAGUUCUACAGACCAACUGCGGAUCCGGAAUGUACAGGGUGGGAAGCCGAGUUCCCAGCCUAUCGGUCGCUGACUGAGGGUAUCGAUUUGUCCUUACUUCCUGUCUCAGAACAAAGCAUCCUCGAACUCUGUUACCACGUCAUCGCGAUUCUUUCGUGCCGCGCUGGGGGCCCAUCUACGGCCUCGUACGCCCGUCGCAUCUCGGCAGCUGAUCGGAUCCAAGCACUUCUCUCUGAAGGUCGUCAUACCUCUCUCCAACCCAUUCCCUUGGUGCCUUAUGCAGUCGGCCUCGCACUGACGGUCGCAUACCGCGGACUCCGUGACAAUGCAUUCGAAGACACCGAUCGUGCGCAGGCCGAUCUCGCUACGCGAUGCGAGACCUUGGAAGCGCUGAGCAUGUAUUGGUGGACUGCAGACGCGAUGGCUAGGCUGGGGCGGAAGGCGUUGAAGUCCUUGCAGCAGACAGGGGUAAGGAAAGCCAGCGUGGCGGGGAUCGCGAAUGCAAUGGAAGCGGAGGUCUCUGCGUGCAAGUUUGGACCGUUUGAGAGCAAGGCCCACCACCAUGGAGGACAUCAUUCUCACAGUUCUUCCACCCCUGCUACAACUCUCGGUGGAGCUGCCACUAUCACAACACCGAUGAUGACCAAAUCGAAGUCCUCUGGUGGAGGUGGUCCCGGAGGAAACGGGCUACAUGUCCUCUCUGACGCGGCAGCGACGCAUUCGACGGGAACAGCAGCGACGAAUAAUCUGGCAUCCUCAACCCCCACCAGCAGCAGCGGCAUCAGCAAGAGUCUUGGAAACACCCCCGUCGUCAGGACUAUAUCCACCACGCCCACGUCCGCCUCGCUCUUGACCAGCACCACCUCGCACAAAAUGCCGCAGUCACAGCAAUUCCACCACCACAGCUACGGCAUGGGCUUCAGCCAAAUCCCGCCGGGGCCGUCGGCGUUCCAGUACCAGAACUACAACAAAAGCACCCGAUUCCAGACAUCUGCACUCCACAAUCCGCUCGGCGCGCCAACGCACUCCGCGACGACAGCCGCCGCAACGACGGGUGUGAAUGCAUUCGCGCUCGACGUGUCCUCGUCCUUCGGCCCGGGGAUAUAUGACCCGCAGUUCACGAACCUGGACGAGCUGUUCGACGGGUUUUUCGAUCUGAGCAUGCCCACCAUAUUCCAGGACCCGUUGUUUGACGGCGAUGCCUUUCUCAACGCCGAUCUCGACUUUGGCAUGGAUCCGGCCAUGGCGACUAUCGAAGGAUUGGGAUAUGCGACGGACAUGACUGUCGGCGAUGCUGGCGGUAGUGGAGGAGGAGGAGGAGGAGGAGGAGGAGGAGGAGGCGGCGGCGGCGCGCUGCAUGGGCCAUCGAGCGCAGUGCCAGUAUCAGCACCUGCAUCAGCACCUGCACCAGCGACAACCACGUCUGCAGGAUCCGCAAACGCGUCCUCGACGACCCCAAAGGCCUCGCUUGGUCCCGCGUAUCCGGAAAUCAGCAUGUCUUGA